AUGACCCUGAGAACCUGCAGCAGGUUGAGAGCCCUCCUCCGUUUUACUGUUGUUAAUAUAAGGCCCCUAUAUUUCACCAGUAACCUAGGCGAUGAACAGCCAAAAGACAAAAAUGAUAACACUGAAGAAAAUCCAGAUCGAGAAGUUUGGGCAAGUAAAACAGAUUACUUGCUGUCUAUGGUGGGGUAUGCUGUAGGUCUUGGAAAUGUCUGGAGAUUUCCUUACCUUGCUUUCCAACAUGGUGGAGGUGCAUUUCUAAUCCCAUAUAUAAUUAUGUUGGCACUGGCUGGAUUACCGUUGUUCUUUCUGGAAUGUUCCUUGGGGCAAUUUGCAAGUCUGGGUCCUGUUUCCAUCUGGAGAAUAGCGCCAAUCUUUCAAGGUGUUGGCAUAACGAUGGUUCUAAUAUCAGCGUUGGUGUCAAUUUAUUACAAUGUUAUUGUUGCCUACAGCUUGUACUAUUUAUUUGCCUCAUUCCAACGUAUCCUACCAUGGUCUGAUUGCUUUGCAUGGGCUGAUGAGAAAUGCCGGAGCAGCUUGGCAGGUAUAGGUAUUGAAAAGAGUCUGAAACUUCCGAAUCAGAGAUAUCAGAAUUGGAAUUGGAAUACAACGGAAGAUAUACGUAAGCUUAGGCAGAACCAUCAUUUUGAGGGCCGCCACCCUGCCAAACCACGAGAUCUCGCUAUACCUUUUGGAGUUCAGUUCCAGUGUGAUCUCCUUCAGCAGGCUCUCAUAGUUUUCUCUAAUAGUUAUCAGUUUAGAGUCUGGAAAGAUGCAGCAACUCAAAUUUUUUACUCCCUUUCCACUGCUUGGGGAGGGCUGAUAGCACUUUCAUCCUACAACAAAUUCCAUAAUAACUGCUACUUUGAUUCCAUUGUGGUUUGUAUUAUAAACUUUCUUACCAGUGUGAUUGCUGGAUUUGCUAUCUUCUCCAUUCUUGGACAUAUGGCUCUUGUAUCCGGCAAACCUGUUUCAGAAGUCAUAGAUGAAGGAUUUGCUUUGGCAUUUAUCGCCUAUCCUGAUGCAUUGACCAAAUUACCAGUUUCUCCUCUCUGGUCCUUUCUGUUUUUCUGCAUGCUGCUAACUUUAGGAUUGGACUCACAGUUUGCUAUGAUAGAAACAAUUACAACCUCAGUACAAGAUGCAUUUCCGCAAGCAAUGAAGAAAAUGAGGAUUCCUAUAACUACUGCCAUUUGCAUAGUUUUAUUUCUUCUUGGAAUUACGUGUGUCACUCAGGCUGGCAUAUACUGGGUGAUCUUGACUGACAGUUUUUGCGGUGGAUGGGCGCUUUUAUUUGUUGCUGUUUUGGAGUUAAUUGCGGUUAUCUGGAUUUAUGGUGGUGAACGAAUAAUUGCUGAUAUUGAGAUGAUGCUUGGAAAGAAACAUUGGAUCUUCUGGCUAUGGUGGAGAGCUUGCUGGUAUUUUGUAUCACCUACAAUCCUUACAGCAAUUUUGAUCUGGUCUUUGGUAACCUUUACCCCACCUAAAUAUGCAGGAAAAGAAUUUCCUACCAUGGGUAUGAUAUUAGGGUGGCUAAUGAUUAUUUUCUGCAUCAUAUGGAUUCCUGUCAUUGCUAUUCUAAAAAUUAUACAGGCUAAGGGCAAUCUAUGGCAGAGAAUUGUAAUUUGCUGCAGACCAACUAAAAAGUGGGGUCCUGCACUGGUACAAAACCGUGGAGAGAGAUACCAACAUAUGGAUGAUCCAAAGAAUAAUGAAGACUUAGAGCUACCAAAGAUUCAGGGCCUAGAAAACAGCUCAUUUCAACAAGAUUGA